GUACCUGCGUUGUUACUACCAUGCUGUCCGCAGUCUGAUCAACAUUGGGGGUCUUAACGAACCCCAUACCGUCUUUGAGAUUGGCUUUCAGAUGACUAACUUUUUCGUGGGCGUCUUUGUGUUCUCCAGUUUGAUUGGACAGAUGAGAGACGUCAUCGGUGCAGCUACAGCAGGACAGACCUACUUCCGAUCCUCCAUGGACGGCUGCGUGGCCUACAUGGUGACCAACCGCAUCCCCUAUUUGGUGCAGAACCGAGUCCGCACCUGGUACACUUACACCUGGGACGCUCAGGGCAUGCUGGAUGAGUCUGAGCUGCUGGAUAAGAUGCCUCUGGUGAUGAGAACCGCCAUCGCUGUUGACAUCAACCUGACCACCUUUCAGAAAAUUGAUCUUUUCAAGGGUUGCGACCAGCAGAUGUUGGUGGACAUGUUACUGAGGCUAAAGUCUAUUAUCUAUUUACCCGGAGACUUUGUUGUAAAAAAAGGGGACAUCGGUAAAGAGAUGUACAUCAUUAAAAGUGGAGCGGUGCAGGUUGUGGGAGGACCUGACAACAGCAUUGUGUUUGUCACACUGAAGGCUGGCUGUGUGUUUGGAGAAAUCAGUUUGUUGCAGUCAUCCAAAGAUGGAGGAAACAGGCGGACAGCUAAUGUCAAAGCGUUUGGCUUUGCUAACCUCUUUGUGCUGGAGAAGAAAGACCUGUUCGACAUCCUCGUCCACUACCCAGAGUCUCAGAAGGUGUUGGCCAGGAAGGGAAG